AUGAGAACCUUUGUUGAUUUUAUGGAAAAAUACAAAGUGGUUUGUGCUAAUGUGAUUCUUGAAAACAAUUUCGCCAAUGGAACAUUAUAUUUGGGAGACUUUUAUGCAGCUUUGGAUAAGAAGUGGCAACAGAAACAUCAGCUCGUUGCAGUAUUGACUGUGGCCAAGGACCUGAAUAUACAGCCAGCACAAGGAAUCGUACACAAAGUAAUUGAUGCCAUCGAUGAUCCAUCUUAUGAUUUGUCAUAACAUUUCAAUGAGUGUUAUGAAUUUAUGUCGAUAUGGUUAAAGAGAGGACCAAUAUUAGUUCAUUGUGCUGCUGGAGUAUCACGCUCUGCUGCAAUAGUAAUAUAUUUUAUAAUGAGAUCAUUUAAAUGGAGUUUUGUAAAAUCAUUUCAACAUGUUAAAGCAAAACGAAGUGUCAUAUCUCCAAAUGAGGGAUUUAUAAGAUAACUCAAAUAGCAUGAAAAGUUGUUAGGCCUAGUUGUGUUUAGAGAAAGCACUUUAGAAGAAGAAUAAAAACGCUAGACUUAAUCAAAACCAACUAAAGGGGUUAUUCGAGGGAGAUCAGUUGUCAUAAAGACUCAAAAAUAGCCAGUCACUCGUUUUAAGUGA